CAUCGAAAGAGCUAGGAUAGAACACUAUCUUGGUGUCGCCUGGGCAGCUGCUGAACGUUUAUACGGAUCGAGAAGUCGCGACUCAGCCACAUGUGACACGCCUGCCUCCAACAAUACGCAACAGCAGCGUGACUCCCUUAUCAAUCACACUUCGAUACCUACGGCCUCGUUCUUGACUCAAAUUCAUCUAGUCUUGUCCUUAUCAAUAGAUCAAUAGAAACACACAGUGGGUCCCACUAUGGGCUCUGACAAUGCAGAGUCAUUGGCGAACCGCGACACACCCAUCCCAGUGGUCCAGGUACAUCAUGCGUCAAACGAUGGCACUCCCACUACGGAGAGACCGCAUUCACAUUCGCGCCGUCUGUCGGCUAGCAAACUCAAAGACAAGCUGGAAUCUUUGGGCGACAACAUAAGUCGGGAGUCGAGUAGCAGGGUAGGAGAUAAGAUGAUGAACAUGCUGCUCGCACAAGUCCUCCCCUCAGAAGACCUCUCCGACAGCUCGCCUCCAGACUCAUCAACACCAAGUGGCAAUGCACCACAUGUCAAGGAUCGGCGCUCUCGAAGCUAUGUCGCUCGCCCCAAUUUCAGUAUCCCUACCAUGUCUUCCAACUUUCGUCGCUUCAACUCGCGCAUCGGUGUUGCCUUCAUUCUUCAGAAUCGACUCAUUCGUUUGUUCACCUGGGUACAGCCCACACAAACCCUCUCGUUCCUGUUGGUCUGGACAUUCGUCUGUGUUGAUCCAUAUCUUCUACCCGUACUCCCGCUGGCGUGUGGCAUGUUUUUCAUAAUGGUACCUGCGUAUCUGACUCGGCAUCCAGAGCCUAUGGCAAACGCAGUGGAUAUCGAUGGCGAUCUUUGGAGGGGGAGCUUAGGAGGACCACCGCUAGCAGACGCAAAGACAAUCAAGCCUGCGCCCGAGUUCAGCAAGGACUUCUUCCGCAACAUGCGCGAUCUGCAGAAUUGCAUGGAGGACUUCAGCCGCGGCCACGACGCUGUACUGAGCUUCAUCACUCCACUUACUAACUUCAGUAACGAGAACCUCUCAUCGAUGCUCUAUCUCAUCUUACUUGUCGUAUCGGUUUUGUUGUUCAUAUCAGCGCAUCUACUACCAUGGCGUGCGAUAUUCCUCGUUAUCGGAUACACUUUAACGGCGUUGGGCCACCCUAACGUUCAGGAUCUCCUUACAACGCCCGAAAGCGAAAAGUUCAUCUCCGAUGCAGAACACGAAAGCCGUUCUUUUCUCCUCACCAUCUCGCGCGCAGACAUAGAACUGGAGACAUCGCCAGAGACCCGCGAAGUCGAGAUUUUUGAACUACAGCACCGCGCACUGCACGACGAGCAUGGCGAGUACGAGGGUUUCAUGUUUUCACCAUCGCCUUACUCCCCUUUAUCGCCUUCUAGGAUCAGCGGCGACAGACCCCGUGGCACACCGUUUUUCGAAGACGUGCUCCCACCUCGCGGCUGGCGCUGGAGCGACAAGAAAUGGACACUAGAUCUCUUGUCCCGUGAAUGGGUCGAAGAUCGCUGUGUCACAGGUGUGGAAGUUGAGGUCGAGGGUGAGCGAUGGGUCACGGAUUUGCACUACGAGGUCCUAGAGAGUGAUGGAGAGAAAGCCAACGCAGCGAAGGCAAAGUUAAAGAAGCGGACCGGAUCAAAGGGAGGUAGCAAGGAUAUUGGCGAUCAAGAGAAAGAAGUUCUGCGUCGGGCAUGGGAGAGCCAUGCGCCAAGUCGCAAGGGCGAAUGGAGGAGGCGGAGAUGGGUGCGGGGUGUGGAGAGGAUGCCUUGGAGAGAGGGUCAGUAGUGUUGGGUUGUCGCGAGAAAUGGACAUAGAUGUUGUAGUUCUCGCUCGCAACACUAGACUUUUCCAUCCUACUUCGCCGCUUUCACCGAUGUGGUG